UCUCGUCCUCCUCCUGCUGUGCUGUCUCCUCUCGCUCCCAUUCCCCCUCCAGCUCUCACACUCAUGCAGCAUCCUUCCCUCACCUCUUCUACCUUCACACUCACCUCCUCGAGCCUCCGUCUGCCCGCCGCCCUCCUCUCCAUCACCUACUAACACACAYCAUUUCUCGCCUCUUCCUCGAGUCUCGUCUCUGCCUCCUCCUCCUACUCUUCCUCCUCCUCCUCCAUCUCCCGCCGGUUUUCCCUCCUUCUCACAACACUCUGCACCCACUAUCCACACACUCAUGCUCAUUGGCACCCAAGGACAGAACAGCUUCUCGUCUGAACCGGCGAUGGUUUGAUCCUUUUGGCCAGACUUCUUGACACUGAGCUCAGCUGAGGAAGAGGACAAGGACAGAAAGAAGGCAUGGAGCACAGCCACAUCUUCCCUGUGUCCCASCACAAUGGAAGCGCCGGGGGAUGCCCUCUCGGACCCCUGCCCGUUAUCUACUAUAGCGUCCUGCUCUGUCUCGGCCUGCCUGCUAACAUCCUGACUGUGGUUAUCCUGUCCCAGCUGGUGCUGCGUCGUCAGAAGUCCUCCUACAACUAUCUCCUGGCUCUGGCUGCUGCUGACAUCCUGGUUCUGCUCCUCAUUGUGUUUGUUGACUUCAUCUUGGAGGAUUUCAUCUUAGCUUCCUUCCUCCCUCCAUCCAUAAACAACGCAGUGCAAGUUCUGGAGUUCUCCUCAAUCCACACCUCCAUCUGGAUAACAGUGCCUCUCACCAUCGACCGCUACAUCGCCGUUUGCCACCCACUUCGCUACCACACGGUGUCCUACCCCGCUCGAACACGCAAGGUGAUAUUUGCGGUGUACGUCGGCUGUUUGYUAUCUGCCGCACCCUACUACUGGUGGCCUGAGUUCUGGCACAGUCUACCUGGGGUGGGCAAAAGCGAUGAGGGAGGAGGAGGUGGAGGAGAAAGCAGCAGAAGAACAGUGGCCGAGCACGUCCUAGUUUGGGCUCACUGCGCCACCGUCUACCUCCUUCCCUGCACCGUCUUCUUCUCCCUCAACACCGGCAUCGUGCGGAAGCUGCGAAAGCGCCGCAACUGCUUCAGGUUGCGUGGCUAUUCCACCGGCAAGACCACCGCCAUUCUCCUCGCCAUCACCUCUGUUUUUGCCGUUCUGUGGGCUCCGCGCACCGUCUUGAUCCUCUACCACUUCUACUCUCCGCCACCCACCUCACAAAGCGCCGGCCGCUUGCUCCACGUGCUCACCGACGUGGCAAACAUGCUUGCGUUGCUCAACACUGGCGUCAACUUCUUCCUCUACUGCUUCAUCAGCAAGCGUUUCCGGGCCAUGGCGACCAACAUGCUCCGAGCCCUCAUCCACUGCCGGAAGCAGCCGAAGCCAUUUUACGCCAGUCACAACUUCUCCAUCACAAGCAGCCCUUGGAUUUCACCGGCCAACUCUCACUGCAUCAAGAUGUUAGUGUACCAGUACGACAAAAAUGGAAAGCCCAUCUGCAUCUCCUCUUGAGUCCACACCUACCAGCAGUGGUCCCUGGAAUCUUUCAGGCAAACUGUGGCCACAUGGGACUCAUUGAGGUCACACAAGUUAACCCUGUUAGAGAUAAUAAAAUAGAUGGCUUGACAGGUGCAAUGCACACAUCAGAUGCAUGGUGCAAAAUUUCAAAGCCUCUUGUGAUCAACAAAGUUAUCAUAAAGCAGCAAACAGCAUCAGUCAGAUGCUGUUUGGUCCCUUCGUGCAAAAAACACAUCUGCUGAGGAUUAAACUGUAGGACAGAUGAAAGCAUAUCACCACCAUCGACCCGUGAAAAUGAGCCGCCAUUUGCAAAACAUAAAAUAACAAAACAAGAUGAUGAUGAGUCCUUGGUGAAUCAUCAAAUAUGUUUUGGUCAUGGAUGGUCCUUCGCGUUCAUGGCAGAAAAUGAGGUAGAGCUUUUAACAGAUGAGUCUUUUAUCUGUUAGGGAAAUUGUUGCCGGUCUGACCCCUGCACAUCUCACCUGUGGGGGUGAUUCACUCAGGCACAACCGCAGACAGACUGCCCACUGCCCACGGUCGUGACUGUCUCUGUCCAGAAAUGUAAAACAGCUGUCAUUUCCAUUUUAAUAUGCAGAGGAGUCUCAAAUACAUUUUAAACAGGGCUUUUACAAAAUGAACAACACGUUCUGACUCUUCUCCUGACUGUGCUGUGCUCAUAGUUUGCCUACAGGUCAACGCUCACGUCAGAACUCAACGCUGACCAUCAUUGGGCGAAGGAGUUUUCAUUCUUCUGUUUGUUGGUGAAAUAUUUACUCAUGAUAGAGAUGACUGUUACUGUAGCUUUGCAAAAACACAAGAAAAGAAAUAUGACUUGGUGUCAGUGUAGCACUGAGGUAUUAUUAAACUAGUUAUCACCUUUUCCAUUAUUAGAAUGAGGAAAUUUCUGCAACUAGAAGAUAGUCCUCUAUUAACUAUUAAUGGUCCCUGAUGACUUACUGUUAGCCAUCAUCCAGAUGCAUAUAAUGAAAGCAAAUGAAGAUGUCUUUAACCCUUUUUCUUUCCAGGAGACCAAGACAGAGAGAGGUAGAGAGGACUAGAUAUUCUGCUCUCCCUUCCUGUUGGUUUGUUUUCCCCCAUCUAAAGCUUUAUGUCCCAUAAUGCAACGCUGAAUCCCGUCUCAGGGCUAAAGCGACACGUUGCAGGUCUYGUCAUUCUGCUGCUUGCUCUACCCAUUUUAGAGCAAACCACAACCACAUUAACUUCAUGCCAUUGUUGGUCUGUUGAAAGAGCACAUUUAAAUAAAGACAUUCCCAUCUUUCUUUUUUUUUUUUUGCUGUAUGGCCCAAAGACAGCACACGUUCAUCCUUUAACCCUCCAUUGCACAUUAUUAGUGAUCAUCUAUCUAAUGGAGCUCUGCUGAAAGGCAGAGUUCUACUAAAACACAUCUAAAGGGAUCAGACACAUUAAGCUUUUUCUGAGCCUGUAGCAGAUCUGAGCAUAUUAGGAGACAAAUAAACUCCUAUUUAGCGCUUCGAUGCCUGAGACACUUCAGGAGGCAUUGCUCCAUUUUUGUUUGUACUCUUUAAACAAGACCUUCUAAAGGGUUCCUACAUAAUUCUCCAGUCAUAAGUAAAGAUACAAGAGUUCUCUAAAAAUGGAAGAUAGAGUAACGGAUGGAUGGAAUUUGUAGGCCACUGAAUCGAGAUUGAAGUCUUAAAAUUGGAACAAAUGUUCAGACUAUUUUCUUUUUUUUUCUUUUUUUUAAAUGAAAAUCAAAUUCCCUACAUUUCUGCAGAUAUUUGAAGACUAGAAUCCUGUAUGUCGGAGAUAUGGGAUGGAGUGGAAAAUGAAAUCUUUUACCAGGUCAGCCUCACUGCYGGAGUAAAUGAUUGUGGCAAAUGAUCAAAUCGAGUAACAUAACGAUGAAUAAAAUAUGACCGUUUGCAUAGUAACUACCAUAGAAUGAAGAUUUUUAAAGUUGGAAACGCUUUGUUUGAUUGAGAAUAUAUACACUAGCAAAAACUAAAUAAUAUAAUUUUUUAUGUAUUUAUUUAUUUAUAAAAAACUUUACACCCUGAUCUGGAUCCCUGCUGUAUAGACUUUGAAGAAAAUACCAGUUUUACUUUACAUUUUAUUCAAAAUACAAUGUAAAAAUAAUGAAUACACAUUUUAAUAAACAGUAGAAAAAUUAACUGAAUAUAAUUACUGAUGGUAUUUUGACAAUCUGUCUUUAGUUUUGUGCUCCAAUGUCUCCUUUUCCAUCCAAAAUGGUAAUGUUACUACUGGACAGUAAUUCUUUGAAUUUAAAAGAUUACUUUAGACCUAAAUCAGUCACGGUUACUUUUUUUUUUAUUUUUUUUUUUUUUACUAUUAUCUUGCAUUUGUUUCAAUUCAAGUACCAUAAUGCUUACCAGUAGAGGUUGGGCUGCAUUAUGAUUAUAAAAGAUUUAGGAGAAACAUAUGAUGAUAGCUUUGUGAUUGGAAUCCUGAUUUUCUGAGUUAAAAAUCAGCUGUUGCUCUCUAGAGGUUAAAUUACAACUUCUCUGUGUCACAAGCCCAAAACUCAACAUGCAGUAUGGCUGCUCCAUGUACAAAAUAAUAAGAAAGCUGCUGGAUUUAAGAUUUUUUUUACCAUCCUACUUGACGAUGUACAUAUUAUUAUAGCGUAACCUGUGGGAACAGUCAGAUCUCAGGUUUGGAUUUAGUUUCAAUACAUCUGUGUCCAAAAUACUGACUUAACUAUGUUGGCUCAGCUGCCUGAGAAAAUGUUAACAUCCAAAAGAUGUACUAAAUUAUAUUUUACAGUGUUGCAAGGUAAGCGCUAAGUUUAUGUAUGAAAUAGGAGAAAACCCUUUUCUGUAAGUCUUCUCACACAAUUACUGUAACCAAAAUGAAGAGCUACAAACAAAAUUAUCAACAAUCAAAACAGAUAGCAAUCAUCCCAACAUUAGCUUAGCCUAAUGGUGCUGCACAAAAACAGGAGAGAUUUGUUCCAAACAAAUGAUACAGCUAUGCUCAUCAUGCAUCAUCAGGACAGUAUUAUAGCUUAAACUUUUAAUAUUGGAGAAAAAUAUAUAUUAAACCCCCACACCCCUGGAGAAACAGCAGUUAGGACAAAUAUUGGUUACUGUACAGAAAACAUCUACUAGAGUUCUGAGAAUCAAUGGUGAGUAAUUGAAGUUUGCACAAUCACAGGGCUGAUGUCUACCAUUAAAUUACCAUUAAACUGAUGAAGUUUUGGUAUUAUCUGCACUUUAUAGUUAGUUAGUUGUCAAGCUUAAAGAAAGCAUUCAUUUAAUCUCAUUAACGCACUCUUGAACAGGACUAGCAGAAUUAGCAAUUGUCUAAUCUUAAACGUCUGAGGUCAUCAAAUGUUUCUGACAUGAACGUUCCUAAUAACCUCUAUUAGAGAAAUGCAGAGAAAUACAUUGUUAUUGAAAUGUUUAUAAUUAAACUGAUCCGAGAAUUAGGAUUUUUAAGGCUUUACUACAGUAUUUAAGCAUAUUCCUUUUAAUGAGAAUAUAGUCUCUAUACAUCAAAAUAAAAACUAAAAACAUUUUCACAUGUUAAAUUUAAAAAAGGAGAAACAAGAAUUUGUAUAUUAAUCCAACAUAAGAUAAAACAUCUUAAAUGAUUAAGAUACAAAUAGAUUGAAGUAAUUAGUCAAGAGGUCCAUGAUGAUAGGUAUAGAUGUAUAUAUAUAGAACAGGUUGCCAACGUUGUGUCUAAAGAUAUUUUUGCAUUGAACUUUCUAGGAAACUGAUUUGAAAAUCCUUCUUUAGCAGUUUUACUGCAAAGGCUAUUAAAAAAUGAAAGUUGUUAUUACAGAGGAAAUAUUUAUAUUUACCUUUAGAUCGACAUGAGACAUAGUUAGCAACUAUUGCCUUGCAGGGACCGAUUUUCUUAUUUACCUAAUUUUCAAAAACCUCCAAUAUUCCGCUUUCUGCUGCUCACACAGCGUAAAACUGGCUUGUCCUCUGUAAAUUUCCCACUUUUUUGUGCUUCACUAAUUGAUUUUCUCCACAACUGCGAACUGAAUGAGUGAUUGGCGAUUGCCAUCUGUUUCUCACCUCCUCCAUCUCAUUCCUCUUUCUCCUGCACGUUACGCCUUAAAGCUCUCGCUCAAAGUUAAUUUCUCAAGUGUCCUCUUUUACUCCUUCACUGAUUACCUCGGAGUCUUUUAUGCUGUGGGCGCACUAAUGAUUUUACUCCAUGUUUUGUCAUCAGAAAAUUGAUGCCCAUUAUUGAAGACCAUGAGGGGAAGCCAGUGGAUGUUGUGCAUUAUUUAAUGGAGAUGAAUGACCAGCGGGUCAAUAACCAAUAAUCACUCAGUGAGCUCCUUAACUACCCCCCACUCUACCCCGGCACUGAAUGUAAUGGAGCUAAAAUAUGUGCUUUAUUUUAGUCAAUACUGCUAAAUGAGCAGGUUGCGGUCAUUAGGAAGGUAAAAUUGCAGAAACAUUGUUUCUGCCUCGGCCCUGAGGAGCUGGUGCCAGAUCGGCGUUGCGCUGACAUUCAUUUCCGCGUCCAGCUUUUCUCUCAUGUUAAUGUGACAUUUGUGAGGGACUCGCACCUUAAUGCCAUGCUGGAGGCAGACAGGCCGGGAAACCAAAACAGUGGUUAAGUGUAACAUCCAGCAGUCAUCUCCACUCUGCAAGGUGAGGUCUCUGAUAGAGGAUGGGAACAAGUGUGGGAGAGGAGGUCAUUGCCAAGAAAUAUUUCCCAGUAUGAGGGGAAAAAAAUAGGGGAUCUAUAUUUUCUGGAGCCUGAUAUUAAGAAGAUAACCAAGCAGAGAUCAAUCAGAGGGGUAAAUUGUAUUUUCUCUCCUACACAUCCUCAGUUUCCUCUCUUUCUCUCUCUUCUAGCUCAGCUCCUUGGAGUGAGUGUGAGUGACUGUGUGCGUGGGUGAACAAGUGUACGCACAAAUAAAGCUUGUCUUAGACUGAAGCUUUAAAUCAGUCUGUGCCAUAGAACUAGUACCAUAUAAAACCUACGACGUAUUUAAUAUAAGACGAAGAUGAAUACACACAGCACACUGUCAUUGUUAUAUAUACCUGAAUGUGCAAAUGAAGCUUCUUGCAUUUCAGUUCAGUGUUUUAUGGGAUUGUGAUUUUCUACAGAAGUACUUUCUUUUUAUUUCUGUCCAUGGCAGUAUUUAAAACUGUUUUAAGUGACUGUACAGGCUUGCAUAAUUAAACAUUUUUUCUGCCUCAUGAAUGUAUCAAAAUGUAUUACUGUGCUGUAUAGAGUAUGAAGUGAAUUAUUGCCUCAAAUUUUUUGACUAAAGGAAUAAAUACCAAUUUGUCUAAAGGUUGA